CUCCGCGCAGGCGCGGCAGGGGCGGGGCCUGCGCCGGCGGCUGCGAUCCCUGAGCGGCGUGAGCGGGGCGAGGGUGGAUCCGGUGGCUCUUAAAGGGGGCACGGCCUGGGGUGGGCCCCUCUCGGUGCGGGAUGGAGCGCGGACCGGCAGAGGAGCCCCUCCCGGCAGCCCCGGCCCGCGGGGGCCGCCCGCCGGCCCCGGAGUGCGUGCGGCGCCAGAAGCGCCGGGAGCUGGACGCGCGGCGCAGCAAGUGCCGCAUCCGCAUCGGGGGGCACCUGGAGCGCUGGUGCCGCCUCAAGGAGCAGCUCGGAUUCGCCCUGCACUCCCAGCUGGCCCAGUUCCUCCUUGACAGGUACAGCUCUCAUGGCUGCACCUGGAGCCCAGGAGAGCUGGAGCGGCUCCAGCCAGCUGCCCUGCAGCGCCUGGUCGUGCUGUCCCACAGCCACAGCCAGGAGUGUGGCUUUGUGCCGGACAUGCAGCUGCCGGCCCCGGGCAGCUCGGCAGCCCCGCUGGUUUGGGAGUGCGUGGCUGGGCACCGCUUCUCGUGGGGGGGCGCUGGGGCUCCCGGCAGCCCCUCCCCAGAGCCCCCGGGACGCAGCCCCUCCCCGGGCGCCGGGCGCCGGCACUCGCCCCGCGGGGCCGCGCCGCCCUCGGGCGAGGAGGGAGCGGCCGGCUCAGCCCACGGCGAUGGGGAGCAGCUGGGACGUGGUGGUGACAGCAGUGGCACAGCCCCCCAGGUGCCACUGGACCCGGGGCCUGUGGCAGCAGCUUGUGAGAGCAGCGCCAUCCCUGGGGACCAUGUAGAGCCAGCAGCUGAGCCCCAGGAGGAAGAGGAGGAAGAGGAGGAUGAGGACUUUGCCGAGGGGGAUGACCUGGCCUACACCGAUGACCUGCGUGAUGAGAACUACCACCCGUGCCUGGGCAGCAGCUCAGAGCCACAGCGGCGCCAGAGCCAGCCCAAGGCCCGCAAGAAGCCGGUGAAGGAGGAGCAGCCCCUGCCCAGCUCCGGCCCCUCGGAGGAGAAGAGCGUCAGUUGCCAGCAGCAGCCACGGGCGAGUGACAAGGACGUGGCUCAGAUCGGCCCCAAGAGGAUCAGAAAGGCAGCAAAGCGUGAGAUCCUCCUGUGUGACUUCGAAGGCUGUGGCAAAAUCUUCUCCAACCGCCAGUACCUGAACCACCACCAGAAGUACCAGCACGUUCACCAGAAAACCUUCACUUGCUCCGAGCCCACCUGCGGGAAAUCCUUCAACUUCAAGAAGCACCUGAAGGAACACGAGAAGCUGCACAGUGACAAGCGGGAUUACAUCUGUGAGUUCUGCGCGCGCUCCUUCCGCACCAGCAGCAAUUUGAUCAUCCACCGGCGGAUCCACACUGGGGAGAAGCCACUCCAGUGCGAGAUCUGCGGCUUCACGUGCCGCCAGAAAGCCUCCCUGAACUGGCACAUGAGGAAACACGACGCCGACUCCUUCUACCAAUUCCCGUGCGACGUCUGCGGGAAGAGGUUCGAGAAGAGGGACAACGUCACCGCCCACAAGAGCAAGAGCCACCCCCGGGGGCUCGGGGGCGUGCCCCAGCCGCAGGGAAUCCAGCAGCAGCCCGAGCCCCCCGCGCCUAUGGAGCCGCUGGAGCUGCUCGGGGACGUCCUGGGCAGUGGGGGGGACACGGGGGGGACCCCACUGGAGUAUGGGGGGGGGGACGUGGGGCAGGACCCCGGCACGCCCCAAGGCCAGGGGAUGGGCGAUGGGGGGUCCUAGAGGGCUCGUCCCCCAGUUUGGGGAGUGGAGCAGAAUUGGGGACAACGCUGGACCCUGCAGCAGCUCCAGGUGCCAAAAAUACAUGGGAGAGGCAAAACUGGGGAAAAUCCCCGUAUUUCUACCAAUCCCAGGGAAAAUCCCAGUUUUUCAGCCAAAUCCCAGACGAAACCCCAAGUUUUCAGCCAAAUCCCAGACGAAACCCCAAGUUUUCAGCCAAAUCCCUGGUGCAAAUCCCAGAUUUUCUGCCAAAUCCCAGGCUUCCCCCAAGCCCAGCAGUAUUGCCACAGGUGGAUCCUCAAUAAAGACUUAUUUUGGGUAAAAGUGGGAUUUGGUGCCAAAUUUUUAUGGAAAAAUGACAGAAAAGUGAGAUUUGGGUGGUUUGGGCACACGAAAAGGGGUUGGAGACACCUAGGAAUUGGGAAGCCAGACUGGGAUGAGAGGGAGCUCCCAGUGGGACUGUGCCCCAAAACCGGAUCUCCCAGUACUUCAAACUUUUCCUUUAAACUUUAUUUAAUUUUCAUUCAAAACUCAGAUUUAAACUGAAUUUGAACAGAAUUUGAACUCACAGAUACUUGGAAGAUCCAAGCUGGGACCAUUUA